CCUCUUUAGUCAAGAAUUGUCAUAUUCAGUAAUUCGGCAAAAUGGCGAGCGAAGACGAAGACAUUCCAGACAGUGGAGCUGUUUUCACAUUUGGCAAGAGUAGGUUUGCAGACAACACUGCAAACAAGUUCUGGAUUCGUAAUGACAAGGUGGUGCAAGUCAGGUGUGGAGAUGACCAUUCUGCUUUGGUGACAGAAAAUGGACGUCUGUAUGUAUUUGGAGCCAAUGACUGGGGGCAGCUUGGACUUGGCCACAGAAAGUCAGUCAACAAACCAAGCAGUGUGAAAGGUCUUAAGCAUGCGGGCGUGGUCAAGAUUGCUUGCGGACGGGUACACACCAUCGCCCUGACCAAGGAUCGUCACCUCCACUCAUUUGGGGCGGGAGGGGAGGGCCAGCUAGGGGUAGGAGACUCCAAACAGUAUGAAGCCCCAAGAAUGAUUGAGGAGUUAGAGGAACAGGACUAUCUCUUGCUAUCAUGCGGCACUGAUCAUUCUGCUGCCCUCACUGCCUCCGGUACUCUGUACAUGUGGGGAGGUGGAUCGGAAGGUCAGCUUGGUCACGGUGAAGAUACAGAAGUACAGAUACCCAGGGAACUGUCUAUGGGUGUACCCGUCAGAAUGGUAUCCUGUGGCUACUAUCAUACAGCCUUAUUAACAGAGGAUAAGAAGCUGUACACGUUUGGUGAAGGGGAAGGGGGUAAGCUGGGGCUAGGAGAAGCCCAUUUAGGAGGGGUCAACGAACCGCAGCACGUAUCCUUCUUCACGGAGCCAGUAGAUAGUGUCUCCUGCGGCAACGCACACACUGCAGCAAUAACAGAAAAGGGUCAUGUGUACACAUUCGGCAACGGCGCUAGCGGUCAGCUAGGUCAUGGACCAGACCAUCUGGAGACCAACAUUCCAAAGAGAGUAGCCAGACUAGAAUGGACUAGGUGUAAGUGGGUGUCAUGCGGAGACUGCCAUACUGCAAUCGUCACAGCUAAGGGAUGCCUGUACACGUUUGGAGAUGGUCGCCAUGGCAAGCUGGGUCAAGGCGAGGAGAGUUUCUCCAAUGUUUUCACCCCGUCCAAGGUCCAUCGCUUCAAUGGCUUCCUCGUAGAAGAGGUAUCUUGCGGUGGUUGCCACACCCUAGUCCGAGCCCGGAGAAGGGCCCCGCCCGGCGACCCCGCCUCGGACUCGGAACCCGAGGAGGCAGAGAUCAAGUUUAAGGACCCUGUGGUGGGGGCAAACCUGCUGAAGCUGGCAAACAACAUUGAUCUGAACGGAUCCCUAGGGGGUUCCGCAAGGUUACGAAGGAGACAGAGAGAGCCAUCCCCCCUCCCACCGCUGAGCAGGACCCUUCCCCCGCUGGCAGCAUCGACCCCCAAGUCUUCUGGGCUGAACUCUCGGACCCUUCCGCCCAUGACCCUGAAGCCCCUCAACGACCACAGCAUACCAAAGAUGAAACUUCGUGAUGGUGAUGAUGAGGUUGAUGGAUCAAGAGGUGGAGGAGACGAACCAGACUCAGGGAAGCCUAAGAAACACAGCGACGAUGACAGUGCGAUGGAAGACGAUGAAGAAAGCGACUAUGCGGAAAGAGAAGUGCCUAAAGACCAAGAUCCCUUUGCAACUACACAUUUUUCCAAGAGUGGGACUAAAGAAGGAAUGAAACCUGUAAUCAUGGCUCGUUCUAAGAAGCAGUCCCCAAAAGAACAGGCAGGUAAACCAAUCUCAAUAGAAGUUGUACCGCUUGACCGAAGGAAAAAGCCUGAAAAGGAAGAGGAAAGUGAGGAUGAGGAGGAAGAAGAUGAAGAGGAGGAGGAAGAAGAAGAGGAAGAGGAAUCUGAGAGUGAAGAAGAAGAAGAAAAAACUCAACCAAAGAAAGGCAAAAUGACUUUGUCGAUGAUGGCAGCUUCCAAACCAAACUCGAGUAAAACACAACCAAAGAGGACUGGAGAAGAGGAAGACAACUCAGACGGAACGGAGGAGGAGAGCAGUCAUCGGGAGAGGCCAACAAAAACAAGUAAACGUCCAUUGCCAGUCAAAAAGGCCGAGACAGAGGAAGAUGAGGAAGAGGAGGAGGAAUCAGAAGAAGAAACUACACCGACAGUGAAGGAGACAAAGAAAAAGGACUCGGCCAAAGCCAAGCCAGGAACUAGCAAGAGCAAGGAUGAUGAAGAGGAUGAUGAAGAGGAGGAUGAUGACGACGACGAUGACGAUGAGAGCAAAGAUAAGAAAACAGAUCAGUCUAAGACGGCGGAAAAUAAAUCUGAACAUGAAGAUCCUGAACCCAAGGCUUGGCAGUUUUGGAAGAAGAAAAAACCGGAGUCGCCCAGCCAAUCUACCGCUUCACCAACGGCAUCCACCACCUCAACAUCAUCCACAAAGAAACCUGGGAACCAGGAAGGGUCAAAGGCUUGCGUCAUCUUAUAGAGACUACAAGUGGACAUCCUUGACCACCUGUGUCGGUCAGUUGGAAAGGAGUUGGUCACUAAGGCUUGAAGAUUGGACAUCAUUGAUCAAUCGGGACACUAUCAACUACGCAAAUCAAGAGACCAGGGACCCGUUUCACAAAGCCUUUUUUGAAUGACAAAUGACCAAAAUCAGUGACAAAUCUGUUGAUAACCAAUCAGAAGCAAGAAUUUCAGUAGCUUAUCACAAAAACUGUCAUUUGUCACUGAUGACAAGUUUUGUGAAAUGCCCCCCCCCCAGGGGGGUUUGAAGGUAUACAUGUCACGUCUUCAAGCAGCUGAGAGGUUGGACACCAUUGACCACUCUAACGUCUUCAAAAGGAAUGGGAAGUGGUCAUUUACAUGUAGGCCCUGAGAAGGGCGUUCAUUGGGUGGUUCUUAAAGAGUUUUAGAAUGGACAUCAUUGGCCACAGUACCCUUCAACCACACAGAAACAAUGUGAUCAAGUGGCAUUUUAGUUUUAUAAGACUGAUAAUAGAUAUCGGUGAGUGAUUGACCAACUUCUAGGCUGAAAUUUCAUACUGGACCAAUCAGUACUUGUGUUAAUUGUAUCUGUAUGGAUAAGUGUUGAAAAUUGUACUAAUACGCCAAUAUUUAAUGGAUUUGAUGGCCUUUAGAUUUGGAAGAGAAUGGAAUGUUGCUAUGUCAGGGAAGUGCCUUUGUGCGUUUCUGUGCAAUGUGUCCUGUACAACAUGUGACUAAUGUCCUUUGGCCAGUCAUUGAUCUACAUUUGCCACUCCAUACCCAGGAAUGAAAUAGGGACCUGGUAGGAUGACAAAAGCCUAUGUGUUAGUAAUCGCCAAAUGCCUUCACGGGGACCAUGUGGUGGGAAUACUCCCCAGGGAGUGGAGAUGGUGCACACUGUGCGUGGAAGAAUCCGAUGAAGGGGAAAUAAUAUCUUUUAAAGACAGCAUUUUGUAUUAAUUGCUAUACAAAUGCAACAUAAUUAUUUUAUCAACCAAUUUUCUCCAUUGAUAAAGAAUCCCUUGAUAUGACCAUUGACCAAUGAUUCUUUCCUGUACCUUUA